AUGUUGCCAUCAGUUCCACAUAGAAAGACUUGGUGGAAAUUGAAGGAGGCAGUAAAAGUCACAAAAUCCUAUCUAACCUUCCCUUCCCUGAAUGCCUGGGAAGAAUUCGGGGGCCUCUUGCCUGUGGAUAAGGAACCAAACCCUGGAGUGGGCCUGGGUGUGGAGGAGGGACUGCUCUGCCAGACGGUUCAUUCUCCAGAAUUCAACCUGUUCCCUGACUCAGUGGUGUUUGAAAGCAACUUUGUCCAGGUCAAAAAGGGCAGGAACUGGAUAGACAUCAACAAAGCCUCCAACACCAUGGCCCUUGGGGUAACCUCCUCUGUGCCCUGCCUGCCCCUUCCCAACAUCCUCCUCAUGGCCAGUGUCAAAUGGCACCAGGGGCAGAGCCAAACAUGGAACAGACCGUCUACAGCCCCAAACAUCAUACUGAAGAGGAUUCUCCCAUUGAAGUUUGUGGAGCUCCAGGUCUGUGACCAGCUUCAGCACAUCCUGCGGUUGAGGACAAUCACUGAGAAGAUCUACUACCUAAGGCUCCACCCUGACCAUCCUAGGACUGUAUUCCACCUCUGGAUCCAACUGGUUCAAAUUCUGCAGGAGGGCCUGUCCAUCACCACCAAAGAUCCUAGGAUUCUUGUCACUCACUGUCUGGUACCCAGGAACUGCAGCAGCCCUGCAGGAGACUCUCAGUUAACACAGAAGAAACCCCAAGCCUCCCAACCAAGUGAGAACCUCACGCAGCUAAUGGCCAAGGGGGAGAGUGAGGCCCUCUCUCUGAUUUUUGCUGACUUACACCAGCGAAACCAGUUCAGGAGCAGCAAAGAGACAAAGACCAAAAAGGACAGCUCAGAAAAAGAUACUCCCGCUGAAGACUGCAUCCCUUGCACCAGCGACUUCAGUUGGAGAGAUUCGUUCACUUACAGCGAGUGGGAAAGAGAGAACCCCUCCGGGCCACAGACGCUCUCACUCCUCAGCACUCUGGCAGCCUCCUCAGGGCUGCAGCUGGCCCCACACAUAACUUUGGACCAUCUUCUGUAG